CCACACCCUGCCCCCUGUAGCCCUGGUCCCCACCCCUAGAGGACAGCGGAACCCAGAAAAGAAGAGGCCUGUGGACAGAAAAGUCAUGUCUGACUCCCUGGUGGUGUGCGAGGUGGACCCAGAGCUAAAGGAAAAGCUGAGGAAAUUUCGCUUCCGGAAAGAGACGGACAAUGCGGCCAUAAUAAUGAAGGUGGACAAAGACCGGCAGAUGGUGGUGCUGGAGGAAGAAUUUCAGAAUAUUUCUCCAGAGGAACUAAAAAUGGAGUUGCCAGAGAGACAGCCCAGGUUCGUGGUCUACAGCUACAAGUACAUGCACGCCGAUGGCCGAGUGUCCUACCCCUUGUGUUUCAUCUUCUCCAGCCCCGUGGGCUGCAAGCCUGAACAACAGAUGAUGUACGCAGGGAGCAAAAACAGGCUGGUGCAGACGGCAGAGCUCACAAAGGUGUUUGAAAUCCGCACCACUGAUGACCUCACAGAGGCCUGGCUCCAAGAGAAGUUGUCUUUCUUUCGCUGACCUCUGGGCGGGGGACCUGAACAUCUGAGACCUUAAAGAAAUUAAAAUGCAAGAACUCA